AUGAAUAGGUUCACUAAGGAGGCGCUUAAGGUCCCGGAUUUAGACCAGAAAGUAGCCAUGAUUGCCCUACAGCAAGGAACCACGGAUGAUAAUUUCCGCCGAUCCCUAGCCAAGAGGGCCCCUGAAAAUAUGAAUGAGCUCCAGGAGAGAGCCGGGAAGUAUAUUAAGGCGGAAGAAAGCAUGAGAAAAUCCCAGAAUAACCAAGGACCUACCACGGACUCUAAGAAGCGUGGGAACGAUACUGAAUAUGAUGCUGAUAACAAGUAUUUGAAAAGGGAAGAUGGUGAAAAGUCACCCACUAAGAAGCAAUCAGGACCGAGGUUCAUUGAGUAUGCAAGGCUGAAUGCCCCCAGGAGUCAGAUUCAGAUGGAAAUUGAGAAAGGGGGAGGAGUUCGAUGGCCGAAGCCAAUUAGGACUGACCCCGAAAAAAGAAACAAGGACUUGUAUUGCAGGUUUCAUAAGGAUACAGGACAUAAGACCGAUGAUUGUCGGCAGUUGAAGGAUGAGAUUGAGUUUUUGAUCCGGAAAGGCAAGUUGUCCAGGUAUACUAGGGAUGCAGAUAGGAAUCCCAUGACAAUGAUAGUCGCGAUAGGGACAAUGAUGAUCAUGAUAGGAGAACCGAGCCUCGAGGGCCCGUGA